AUGAGGACUGGUCGGGAUCGAGUCUACAUUACUGGUGGUGGGGACGACGGUGGUGAGGGUGGUGGUGACCGUCGUCACCGUCGGCGCGGUGGUUUUGGCUGGAUGAUGGAGGUGGUUGUCGAAGAUGUCAUCGGCGGGGCAUCAGAAGUGUGCUCAUCGCUGGCGUUGGAAGUGGUCGUCGGUGUGGAUGCAUCGGAUACCUCCGCUUCCCCCCUAGACAGCUGUUGCACGAUCGUGGUGGUUUCUAUUGUUCGUUUCCACUUCUAGGAGCUCGUCGAUGACGGCGUCGGAGACCUCAGCUGGGUGACUGAAGACGGUUCUGAGGUGCUUGGGCCAGCACCUCAGAAUUCACGAGUUUCCUGUCAGAAAUGUUGCUCUGUCGAAGUUGAGAAGAAGUGCGGUUCCUUUGAUUGUGGAACCCUAGCCUGCCUUGAUUGA